UCAUUUUCCCAGUAGUCAACAGGAAGACUGGAGGCCAGAGAGAGUGGUCGCAGUCUGCAGGAGAGGAAGGACAUCCAGAGUCCAGCUGCACGGUUAGUGAGAACAAAGGCAAAGGAAUGAGCAACAGCCAGAAAGAAGUGAAGAAAGUGCAGUCAGUUUAUCUGCAAAACUUGGAAAGACUUAACAAAGGGACAAAGUCUGAGAAAAAGAGUUGGAACCCCAAAGAAGGAGAUUUUUCUGUGAAAGCAGCAAUGGAAAAGCUGCGACCUUCUCCCAUAGCUGGCCAAGUUGCCAAAAGCUCAGCAAACAGAAUCAGCAGAGAUCUGACCUGCUCCAUAUGCUUGGAUCUUUUCAAGCAGCCAGUUUCCCUGCCCUGCGAUCACACUUUCUGCCAGGGAUGCAUUGAGGGCUACUGGACGGGGCCACGGGGUCCCGGCCAGGGGGGCACGGGCUCCUGCCCUCAGUGCAGGAAGGUGUACCCCGGGAAGAGCUACCGACCCAACCGCAUCGUUGCCAACAUUGUGGAGAGCUACUGUCACGGUCUGGAGGAGAGCGGGAGCGCGGGAUGCCUGGCAGAUGCAGGGUGUGCGGAGAGGGCUCCUGCUCCCGUCCCACGCUGCAGCAGGCACAGGGAGGAGCUGAAGCUGUACUGCGAGGAGGACCAGGAGCUGGUGUGUUUGGUGUGUGGCGUGUCCCAGGAGCACAGGAAUCACACCAUGAUGUGUGUCCAGGAGGCUGAGCAGAAAUACAGGGGAUUUCUCAACAGCUCGAUGGAUUCCUUAAAAGUGGAGCUCAAUACUGCGCUGCAGUGUGACAGGGAGGCUGAAGAUGAAGUUAAAAAGCUCAAGGACCACACGGCCGAUCUGAAGCAGCGCAUCGAGGCCCAGUUCAGCGACCUGCACCAGUUCCUGUACCAGGAGGAAAAACUCCUCCAGGUGAAGCUGAAGACGGAGGAGCGCAGGGAGCUGAUCCGCCUGGACGAGCACAAGGCCCUGCUGUGCGUGGAGAUCUCCCGCCUGCAGAGGGCCGUCCACGAGAUAGAGGACAAACUCAAAGAACAGGAUCCAUUCAUCUUGCUCCGGAGCAUCAAAGCCCUUCCCCAGAGGCCUUCUCUCAAGUUUGAGAAACCGACUUUUACACCACCAAGUCUGUGUGAGGGCCGCUUUGCAGGGCCUCUGCAGUACAGAGUUUGGAAAUCUAUGAGGGGAAGCCUUUACCCAGUUCCAGCAGCCAUUACGUUUAACUCCAGUACUGCCAACCCGUGGCUCAGCCUGAGCUCCUCCCUCACCUGCGUCCGCUACCAGACCUUCAACCACACCGUGGAGGACAACCCCAACAGGUUCAACGCCGCCCUGUCGCUGCUCGCAAGUCAGGGCUUCACUCAUGGCCGACACUACUGGGAGAUCGAGGUCUACAGCAGCACGGUGUGGACGGUGGGGGUCGCCAGGGAGUCGGUUCCCAGAAAAGGAGUCAUCAAGGCCCUCCCAGCCAACGGCUUCUGGACUCUCACCCUCUCUUAUGGUGUUAGAUACAUGGCCGGCACAUCUCCUCCAACUGUCCUGUCCCUGGAGGAGCCGUUGGCCCGGAUCGGGGUAUACCUGGACUACAAGCGGGGCCUGGUGUCCUUUUACAAUGCAGAGAGCAUGACCCACCUCUACACCUUCAGGGAGACCUUCACUGAGACCCUGUACCCUUACUUCAACCUCGGCUUCCUGGAUAAAGUGCAUGAAAAUGAGCCUCUCAAGGUUUUCUUACCAAAGAUCUAAACACAGGAAUAAGAGUGAGCAAGUAAACAUGCUUGAAGUUAAACAUGAGGAAACUAAUUGUUGCUAUGAACUGACAAUAAUGUGCAAAAGUCAAGAGAACAUCACCAAUUUAUAUUUUUCUUGCAGUAAGACUUUCUCGUAAGCUUUUUAAGCAGUCUCUACAAAACCUAUAAGAUAUAUCAAAAAACAACAAAGUCUAUAUUAUAAAAUAGAAUUUCAGCCUCAAAAAGUCGAUUUCAUAGGAGAUAUUUGCUGAAACUCCAGCAUACAGUGGAUGAUAAACUGAAGGGUGAUGGACCUCUUUCAGAGUUUGAACUUUUUCCUCAUUGAAAAACUUUGGAUUCUGUUCAUCAGCAACUGAUAAUUGUUUCGUUCUAUGCUUUUCUUAUAAUUUCUUAAACAUUAGCCAAUUAGCAAAAUGUGGCCAAAGUUAUAGAGAAUUAACUAACGAUCAACAGCCUUUUAAAAUAUAACAAGAAAGUCUGGCUCUUUGGAAAGAAAAUGUAAUGAAAUCGUGUGGUUUCAAACUUUUAUGCAAUAUUAUAUAUGCAAAAAACAUUUGUAAAAUAUUAUUGAUUAUUUUCUUUAUGUAUCCUAAACAAUUUGAAUUUAACACUAUUCUGUAUUACGAGUAGCAUUUUCUGAAACACACGGUUGAAUUUGUAGGAUGUUUUCUGCUCCAUGUUUUAUUUUUAAGAAGCUGUGCGUCAAACUGUGUAUAAUCACCUGACUGAGAAUGGAUGAAAUAAUCUUUCUCCUGCUCAUCUGUGCAUAUAUAUUUAAAUUUUGAAGAAAUAUAAGUGAAAAUGUAAAACCUUUGUUUCUAAAAACAUGAUUGGCUUGAUCGUUUGAAACUAUGACUGUGAAGUAGUUCCACUUUUAAUUGGUGCUGUCAGAAUAAAUUGAAAGGAAUAAAUGCUGCAUGAAUGUCAGAUGGAAAUAAAUUAAGAAAGAAUAGAUAAAACUUUUAAAUAUC